AUGAAGGCUAUCUUCUGCCAGCCCCUCCUCCUCCUCGUCUACUUUGUGUUUGCCAUCCAUGCCAAGAUCUAUGAGCGCUGUGAGUUGGCUAAGCAGCUGGAUAACCAUGGGAUGGACGGCUACCAGGGUUACAGCCUGGCUAAUUGGGUCUGUAUGGCCUUUUUUGAGAGUGGCUUUGACACAGAAGCUGUGAGCCAGAACAAGGACGGAACCAGCGACUUUGGCAUCUUUCAAAUCAACAGCGGUUGGUGGUGUGCGGUGGAAGAUUCUGUCUCUGAAAACUUGUGCAGAAUAGAUUGCAAAGAUUUGCUCAAUGCUGACAUUGAAAAUAAUAUCCUUUGCGCCAAGCGGAUUGUCAGAGAUCCCCAAGGCAUGGCAGCCUGGAAUGAGUGGAAAACACACUGUGAAGGCAAAAACCUGUCGGAAUGGGUGAAGGGGUGUUGA